AUGUCCGAGAACACAAAACCUCGUAAAAGACUUAUCGUCAAGCUCAGUUAUCCUCCUGGUUCUAGAAAACGUGAUUCAGAUUCUUGUGGCACAGAUGAAAACAAGAGAAGGAAGAUUCAAGAUUCUGUAAGACCAACCGUAACAUGUUAUUGGGUUGAUUCUAAUUAUCAAACCAAAACAACACCUUUGUCUCAACCAAAGGAUAAUAACAUUGCUGUUGAAAACAAGAACAUGGUGAUCAAGAACCAAGUUUCCAACACACUUAUGUCUCAACCAAAGGAUAGUAACAUUAUUGUUGAAAACAAGGAGAUGAUCGAGAACCAAGUUUCCAACACAGUUAUGUCUCAACCAAAGGAUAGUAACAUUGCUGUUGAAAACAAGAAGAUGAUCAAGAACCAAGUUACCAACACAGUUAUGUCUCAACCAAAGGAUAGUAACAUUGCUGUUGAAAACAAGAAGAUGAUCAAGAACCAAGUUACCAACACAGUUAUGUCUCAACCAAAGGCUGUUGAAAACAAGAAGAUGAUCAAGAACCAAUUUUCAAGAACAGAAAUAGAUUUUAAUGGUCAUAAGGAAAGUUCAAGACUUUGUACGAAAACGGCCUCGGUCACAAGACCUGAAGAAUGUACCUUGAAGAAACCAAUGGAGUGUAUUAAGAGGAGGGAAUGUUGGUUGAUUUUGAAGAGGAUGUUGGUAGGUAGAGAUGGUUGGGAUUUGAAAGAUCCUCCAAUGAGAGCAAUGGUUGAUAAGUCAAAGGCAAUAGGUUUGAAGGAAAUAGAGAGAAAAAUGAGGUUGUAUGCAACACCAGAUGAGUUUGCUAGUGACAUGAGGCUUGUGUUCUCUAAUGCAAUGCUAAUGUAUCCUCCAAGGCAUCAUAUUUACCAAAUUGCCAAAAAGUUCAGUCACAAUUUUGAACAUAAAUGGAAGUCGUUGAAGGCUACUUGGAAGCUUGAGGAUAGAAAAAGAAGAAAGGCUCACUAA